UGACGACAGCCAACAGUUUCCAUAGCUACCAGUUGUGUUGUCGACUGCUGUUAUUCAAAAGGCUUCCUGUACUAAAAAGUAGUGUAUCUUUGUAUCUGUCUGUACACAUUAGCAAUUCAGCCAUUUACCUUGUAAGCGCGAACAGGGAACGUCAUUGUGUAUUGUUACAACAGGAAUAAACUGAACAAGAGAAUAUGCCCGUAGCCGUGAAGAAAUUACCGGAUAAGGAAUAUAUAACUAACCUUAUACCUGCAGAACUUAUACCUGUACCGAAGCCACCCAGGUAUAUAUCAAAAUAUCGCCCUCAGGUGAAGGUUGAAGAGAAGCGGAACCAACAAAUUGCCAAAACUAUGGGCCCAGCCAAAGUGGAAAUUCCAGACACGAAGAAUUUUCUGAGGAAAAAUUCAAGAUUACGGCAGAUUCCAGCUUACCUGAAGAGAAGACGGGAGGACGUGAAGAUGCUACACGGGCGGUACGAAGCAGCUGUGAAGAAGCAAAUCGAAGACAACGCUAUGAAACAGUUGAGUGAUGAAGAGCGCGAGGAGUUACUGUGUGGCCUGAAGAAGAAUUGGGAAGCUGUGCACCACGACUUCCAGGGCCUGUCGGUUGUCAUAGAUACCAUCCGAAAGAAGCAGUUAAAAGAAAAACUAGAAAUGUUGAUGAAACAGCUUGAGCAAGAUAUAUCUUUGAUUCAGAAACACAAGAGGAUAUAUUUGGCAAACGGUCCCGAUGAGUAUCUAUACUGAAAGAUAGACAUAUCUCAUUCUUUUUUUGUUUUUUGUUUUUGUGUGAAAUAAAGUAGAUGAAAAUUAGAGAA